AUGAGGCUAUCAGUGUCAGCUUGCUCCUCUGCCGUGACACGGGCAUUGCCUCUCUCACGAGCUAGCCAGAUUCGCUCAAUCGCCACAGCGCCUGCUACAUCUUCGGCACUGCCCAAACAAGCUACGACAGCUCCUCGAACUACUGCUGCCAAGUCGACUGCAACUCUCCCUGUACCAUUAAGCGUCGCUUCCCCACAACCCCUCAUUUCACACAACAGUGCCUUGGCACGCUUCGUGUCGUCAUCUGCGAUUGCGACUGCUCCCGUCGCGUCGUCCGUCUCCUCUUCGUCCGAGGCUUCGCCUUAUGCAUCUCCGCUGCCCACCUCGUCGCUCAUCAACGUAACCACGCUACCCAAUCGAGUGCGAGUAGCGACAGAAGCUACGCCAGGCCAUUUUAGUGCUGUCGGUGUCUACAUCGACGCCGGCUCUCGGUAUGAACGCCCUUGGGUAGCUGGCGAAUCUGGCUCUUCUCAUCUUCUCGACCGCCUUGCCUUCAAGUCGACCACCAACCGCUCCUCCCAGCAAAUGACGUCCGAGAUCGAGGCGCUAGGCGGAAAUGUCAUGUGCUCCUCUUCUCGCGAAACCAUCAUGUACCAAUCGAGUGUCUUCAACAAGGAUGUAUCUGCUGUACUCUCCAUUCUUGCUGACACCAUCCUCAACCCCCUCCUCAGCCCCGAGGAGCUCGACGUCCAGAGGGAAGCCGCUGCCUACGAGAUCCAAGAGAUUUGGUCCAAGCCCGAGAUGAUCCUGCCUGAACUCUUGCAUACUACGGCAUACCAAUCCAACACGCUUGGUAACCCUCUUCUCUGCCCUAUCGAGAGUCUUGAGCAAAUGACGGCCGAAAACCUGCGCAACUUUAUGUCCACUUGGUACAAACCCGAGAGGAUCGUGGUCGCAGGUAGUGGCAUGCCCCACGAGCAGCUUGUCGAGCUGUCCCAAAAGCUCUUUGGUGAUCUCAAGCCUUCCUCGGAUCCUGGUCGCCUCAGCUCUGGCUCCUCGUCGCUUUCGAGCUCGCCCGCUUCGUCGACGUCCACAUCAUCCUCGUCGCGCUCUUCAUCUCUGUCGUCGCUCUUCUCCCGCUCUUCCUCCAACUUUUCAACCUCGUCGUCGUCGUCGGCCACACCUUCUCCAGCUGAGCUGGCUGACCUCGUCUCGACACCAUCGCACUACACGGGCGGCGAGCUUUACAUCCCGCAGUCCGAUCUCGAAUUCACGCACGUCUACGUCGCUUUUGAAGGCCUCAGUAUCCACGACAAAGACAUCUACGCCCUCGCCACCCUACAGAUCCUCCUUGGCGGCGGUGGCAGCUUCAGCGCCGGUGGACCGGGCAAAGGCAUGUAUUCGCGGCUCUACACCAAUGUGCUCAAUCAGCAUCACAGCGUCGACUACUGUGCUGCCUUCCACCAUUGUUAUUCCGACUCUGGCCUUUUUGGCAUCUCGGCCUCGGUCCAUCCCAGCUUCAAUGCGAGCAUUGUCCACGUCAUUGCACGCGAGCUUGAGCUUUGCACCAGCUCCAUCUACCAAGGCUCUGUUACACAGGCCGAGCUCAAUCGCGCUAAGAACCAGCUCAAGAGUUCGCUCGUCAUGGCGCUCGAAUCGAGGUUGGUCGAAGUCGAGGAUCUGGGCCGUCAGAUCCAGGCGCACGGUAAGAAGGUUUCGGUGGAAGAAAUGUGCCAGAAGAUUGACCAGGUGGAUCUCAGCACGCUCAACAGGGUAGCAACGCGCGUCUUGAGGCCUCAAAAGAUGUCGGUGUCUGCAGCAAAGUCGCCACGCGGAUCGGGUCAAGCUACCGUUGUCGCUCAGGGCCAGCUCGAGGGUUUGGGCGAUGUCCGUGACUUGCUUGCCAGACGCGGGCUCGGUGUUUCGCCCAAGCACGCCGCAUGA